GCAUUAAUCCAUGUGUUACUUCUUCAAAUAACCCACAGGGGAAAAUUUUCUCAUAAUGUAAACCAUUAAACUAUCACAUUUGUUCUGCCUCCACAUGGAGGAGACACGCUCCUCCCAAUUCCAACCCCCCUUUUUUUUGUUUUGAUGAAAAGAAAAAAUGGAGAAACAGAUAAAUAGUUCCUCUUUGGGGAAGUCUUACAAAAACCCAGAGCUCUGUUUGAGAGAGAAGGAGAGAAACAAACACCAGAACAGAGCCAGUGAGAGAGAAAGAGAGAUAGGGAAGUGGAGAGUUAGUGCAAGGAGCAGAAGAUAAUGCGACUGGAGCAGACAGAAAACACAACCGCUCAAUCUGCAACACUUCAGCUGUCUGUCAACUCUUUUGUGGCCAUGGGUCCGUCAUCCCAGAAGUUACUCUGAGGGCCAAACAAGGACAUAAAGCGGAGGAGAGAGCGACAGAGGAAGGCAGAGGAAAGCAGUAAACCCUGGCUGAGGUGAGGAGCAAGCAGCUGUGUGAGAACAGAGGUGAAGGCAGAGAGACGUCAAGCGGGGGAGUGAAGGAGCGAGGCGCCCCGUUCUUCCAGCAAAGAGAGAGGGGAAACCGGGGAAAACAAGAAGAAGAGAGCAGAGGUAAAGAGCCCGGGGAGGAGGGAGAAGAGUCGGGCGGACAUGGGGCUUUGUGCUGUUCUCCUCAUCUGUCUCUCCCAGGCCGAGCUGGGGAGAGUCUGGGCUCAAGAGCAUGAAGAUGCACUAGGCCAGACUCCUCUGCAGACAGAUGGGGGCCCGUCCAGUUUUCACAGAACCAGGAGGGACCAGCAGACCUUGCAUAAACACAGACAAGCUCGCGACACACAGACUGAAGGUGGAGGAGUGGAUAUCAGCACCCUGCCUGAUAACAUGACCCAGAUAGUGGAGGACUCGCAGAAGUACUACAGAUGGCAGAGUUUUGGUCCAACAGACAGACGGACUGAAGCCUUGUGGGUAGAUCUGAACAUGCUGCACAAGAGUCAAGUCCGAAUCCACGGCAUACUGUCUAAUACACACCGUCAGGCAGCGAGGGUGGCGCUUUCUUUCGAUUUCCCUUUUUAUGGGCACUACUUAAGACAAAUUAUCGUAGCAACUGGAGGCUUCAUCUUUAUGGGGGAGAUUACUCAUCGAAUGCUAACUGCCACACAGUACGUUGCUCCCCUCAUGGCCAACUUUGACCCCAGCUUCUCCAGAAACUCAACAGUGAAGUACUUAGACAACGGUAAUCUAUUUGUGGUGCAGUGGGACAAAGUUCGGCUAAAGGACCGAGAGCCUGAAGGAGCUUUUACAUUCCAGGUGGCCCUCUACAAAAACGGAACCAUUGUCUUCAACUACAGAGACAUCCCUGUACCAGUGGUGAAAAUGAAUUCCACUGAGCACCCAGUCAAAGUGGGACUGUCUGAUGCUUUCAUGGCGUCCCUCUCCUCCUCGCAGCUCCAAGAUGCGAACCGACGCACUAUCUAUGAGUAUCACCGUGUUGAGAUCGACACCACAAAGAUUGUCAGUCGAUCUGCUUUUGAGUUCACACCUCUGCCCACUUGCCUUCAACACACAUCCUGUGAUUUGUGCCUGACAUCCAACCUGACAGCUGGCUGCGGCUGGUGCAACACACUCCAGCGAUGCUCGGAUGGUAUUGACCGGCACAGGCAGGAAUGGAUAGAUUAUAACUGCCCUGAAGAGGCUAAAGGCACAUGUGAGGACUACAGCCCAGUGCUACCUGAGGGAUCUGUGAGCUCCUUCAACCACUCUUUCUCUGGUCCGACACCUUCUUCAGGUGACCAGCCUGUCACUGGUGAUGUACAGACGGGUUCUCCAAACCAUAAGGGGAUAACAGAGAACACAGCCAUCAUUGCAGGUGUAGUGGCUGCCCUGGUUCUGCUUGUAGCUCUGACCUUACUCGCUGUCUACUACAUCAACACACACCCAACGGUUGCCCCACCGUUCUACCUCAUGCAGCGACGUCCCAACAACUACUGGCCCUCUAUGAAGUUCCGCAACCAGGGCUGCCACUCCAGCUACGCUGAGGUCGAGCUCAGGGGUCAUGAAAAGGAAGGCUUCAUUGAAGCUGACCAGUGCUGCUGAGGGAACUGUACCUGCAGG